AGCAAACUGAAGCAACAGCUGCAGGAACACAACUCCAGCUUUAAUGGACCCAAUUGCUCCUGAUUGCUGCUUGAGGAGGUUUUAACUGAACAUGUUUUUUUCUCCUCCUCCCAACUGUUUGACUUCCUGAAGAUGGGUCAAAACAAAAGAGUUUAGGAUUCUUGUGUGGAUCAUCAUCAUCAUGUUCCACCAGCUGACGGAGCAGGCGGGGAACGGCAGCUGUCAGGGGUCCUCAGCCCCAGACUGCAGCUGGAGCGCGGACGGAGACGCGCUCCAGCUGCCCACCUUCUCCACGGCGGCCAAAGUGCGGGUGAUCAUCACCUUCUCCCUGUGCGCCGUGUCCGCCGUCUGCAACCUGCUGGUGCUGUGGGCCGCGGGCAGCGGGGGCAAGCGCAAGUCCCACGUGCGGAUCCUGAUCAUGAACCUGWCCGCGGCGGACCUGCUGGUGACUUUCAUCGUGAUGCCCGUGGACGCGGCGUGGAACAUCACGGUGCAGUGGCGCGCCGGGGACGCCGCCUGCAGGCUGCUCAUGUUCCUGAAGCUCGUGGCCAUGUACUCGUGCGCCUUCGUCACCGUGGUGAUCAGCCUGGACCGGCAGUCCGCCAUCCUCAACCCCCUGGGGAUCACCGAGGCCAAGAGGAAGAGCAAGAUCAUGCUGGCCGUGGCCUGGACCAUGAGCGUGGUCCUGGCGCUCCCCCAGAUGUUUAUCUUCCACAAUGUGACGAUCACAGUCCCGGAGAACUUCACCCAGUGCACCACCCAUGGCAGUUUUGUCCAGCGUUGGCAGGAGACCCUCUACAACAUGUUCACCUUCACGUGCCUCUUCCUCCUGCCGUUAGUCCUCAUGAUUUCCUGCUACACGCGCAUCCUGGUGGAGAUAUCCAGCCGCAUGGCUCAGAACAACAUGCACUCAAGAGAUAUACACCUUCGCCGCUCGCACAGCAACAUCCCCAAAGCUCGGAURAGGACUCUUAAGAUGAGCAUUGUCAUCGUGACGUCUUUCAUCGUGUGCUGGACCCCGUACUACCUGCUGGGCCUGUGGUACUGGUUGUUUCCUGAGAGAAUGGAGGAGACGGUGUCGCACUCGCUCACYCACAUGCUGUUCAUCUUCGGCCUCUUCAACGCGUGUCUCGACCCCAUCACGUACGGUUUGUUCACGAUUCACUUCCACCACGGCCUGAGGAGACGCCGCCGCGGCUCGAGCACGCGGACGGAGACGGAGAACAACACUUGUCUUCGGCAAACGUCCUGCUUGUCGUCUCACCGGCAGCUCGUGUCGAGUGGCCACAGCGCUCACACAGAGGUGGUGAGUGACGGCGUCGACUCGAAGAACGCCUCGGGCCGAAAUGUUUCAGUCACAAAGAUCUAACAUGCCUUACAGGGUUUUACAAUCGAUGAGGGGGAGUUUGCUUUUGAGUUUGUACCUAACAGGUCAAACUCUGAAGGGAAAAUAUGCUUGCAUUAAAACUAUGGAUCAGAUCUGAAGAAAUAAAAUAACACGGCUUGUAGAAAAUACUGACAAAACUCAUCAGUAUGUACUAACUGAACUCAWCAUGAAGUUAAAAUUACCUAAGGAUUUGCAAUCGAUCAACAAAGAGUCRGAUUAAAUUAGACCACAUUCUGGCUYCAUAAUGUUGUAGUACUCUCAAUUAAAGUGCUUUUAUUAGUAUCAACACAUACAGCUCAGUACAUACUUAGUAAGUACUUACUGGUACUUACCUGGUGCUUAUGGGGACUAGGCUGUAAAAUAAAGCGACUUGUUACCCUGUACUUAAUGGGUACUUAUCUGAUACAUUUUAGAAAGUACCCAAUAUGUGAUAAGUACGGUACCAGGCAAAUAYUCUUUGAGUACCAGCUACAGACUUGGGGCCUAAUGUACAAAGACUUCUGUGAAUUUCCAACUUAAACGUGGGGUACACAUAAAUCAAGAAAACAACUUAUCAAUCAUACUGUAUAUAUAAUUCCAGAUGUAUGAAACUGUACAUAUUUAAAUAUGUAAAAUAGAUGCAAAUAUGUCCUGCAUGUGUGAUUCUCCUCUCCGCACCAUCAGAAAUUAUUUCUGAUGAAAUUAUUAUAUAUUAUUAAAAAUGAUGUGGAGAUAUUCUUUUAAUGUUGAUAUCCCCCUCCCUCCAACCCUCAGGGGGUACCACAACGAUGYGUGAUUCCUGUUCAGAGCAAGGAACAGCAAGCUUCAGGCAACAAUGAUGAAUAAGUGAAAUGGCCAGCAGCAUUCUGGAAUCACCUUUGUCCUUAAAAGCAGACGUUUUGACACAUUUUUUUUUCUAAUUAUAAAAUAUGUAUUAUAAUUUUAUGAUAUUUUGCUGGGUUUUUUAGUCAUGGCAUUGAGCAAUAAGUAUAAAGUAUGUAUCAAUAUCGAAAUUUAAUCAAUUCGAAUUUAACUCUAAUGAGAAUCGUUUUGCCAUAUGUGAUACCCAGCCCUACUCCUAUAUAUAGGCUAUAGAAACAACUGAAAAUGAAUGGAAAUCAAUAAAUGGUCCUAAUAAGGAUAGAAAUACAAACGUGUGUGUGUGAAGCUGCUGUUGCCAUUGAACCAGGAGCACAGAUCUACCACCAGUGCACAUCAGAGGAUAAAAAUGUUCCAAAUUUAUGCACGCCUUUGACAUAACUACAGGAAACACAGAGGAACUCAGGGGUUCGCUAGAGGUUUAUUUAUUUAU